UAUAAAUGCCCAUGGGUCAAUUCUCACAAACAAAGGACUGCUUGUAAUGGCAAAAGAUUAUAAUACGCUUGAGGAUGUUAAGAGAUUUGCUGAAUCUGCAAGAAGAAUGAGACAGAGGCUAUGUGGCUACUCUCAUUUUAAGCUUCCUUUCCCUCUUAAAAACCUUCGUAGAGCUGCAGCCAGUUGCAGAACCAAAAUACAGUUUCUGUCCAGUGGAAUGUCAAAGAGAGAGAAAAAUCAAACUUAUUACAACAACAGGAAUAAGUUCAUAUCUUGGACAAUUGAAUGGCGGUUUGAUUCAACAGAUGUUGUGUUUAUUGACCACGGGGUACAUGAAGACACAAGUCUCUGCUCUGUGCUUGAGACUCAUUUGAAACCUGGCCGCUGGAAUCAUCCACUGAAGCAAUUUUGUGAAGAGGGUCAAAAUCACCUUUCUAUCAGUUAAAUAUAAAAGCCCCGCUGUGUGAACAACUAGCCAAUAAAGUUAUUUUGGAAUAUCCUGUCAUUUAUGUUUUUCUGCCAUCACUAAGCUGUGAUUUUGAAGUAAUCAAAUAUUCCAUUCCUCUAAAAGUUGUGCUGAAAGAGGUAGAUUGCAGUGAUAGUCCAAGUCCCAAGGGAGUGAUGUUCAAGGAGGAGGAUAUAGGGGACGAUGGAUCAUUAGACCCACACAUUUCAGAUAUCUAGGAUUGUGCCAGGUUAAAUCCAGCAUCCCAGACCUCUAUCAAGUCAUUAGACAAGUUAACCUCAUCAUUUUUUAAUGGACAUGUUACUGAAGAUGAGCAAGAUGUAGUUGGUGAUACAUGCAUAGUGCUUGAUUCAGAAGUUUUAUCAACGAAAGAGAAGGAUCUGAGUGGAGAGAAGGACUGGUCAUUGCUGGUUGACGUUUUACCUAUGGAAUAUGAAUUAGAGGAAGGGGAGAUAGAUCCACUUUAAUUUGUCAGUGCUUUAAGCUGAUCACAUUGUCUACCUUUGAUGCUGGAGUGCUAGUGGUGUUACCAAGACGUGCCAUGUAGGAUAAAAUGGUUAGCAUUGUAUACCAGUGAUUCAUGUAAGCUGCGGUAUGUGGCUCCUUAUAAUUUCUUCUACCUUGGUGAUAGCCAUAGUAGCUGUCAUAUGGGGAUCUUGGAUUUGAUUUCUCUGGACAACCUUUCUCUGAGAUGUGAAAGAUCCACCAGACGGUGGCUUGGUCAAUAUUUGAUUCUUGUAACGUGGAAAAAGAUUUAGAACCUGAUGAACUGGAUGCAGAAUACAGUUUCAUUUGUUAGAAGUUACAUGCAAGCAGUGUACCCUUCAUAGUUCAGGUACCAGCAGCAUUCGGCGUUCCUGGUGCUAGAUGAUAUCUUGAGCAUUGUAUCUGGAGUUCCACAAUCAAACAAUUUUACAACUAUAGUUAGAUUUUCUCUUGAUUCAUCUCCCGGGAAGCAUAGUUAGAUUUUCUAUGGACAUCCAUUCAUACUAUUACGGUGAUCAAGAUAUUUUUGUGUUAUAUGCACAUGUUAUGUGCUUCUUUCUUGAUUAUUGGUAGCGUUUAUUUGAUACUAUCAUGUCUGGAUCAAAUGCAUUUAGCUACGAAGUUUUCAGCUUUAACUGUUCA